AUGGAGCAGCAGCCGCAACUCCCAGCCGUUGCCCAGCUGCUGCAGCAACAGCAGCAGCAGUGCACGGCAGACACGGCGACAAGCGCACGGAACACGAGCGAAGAGGCCUUCGACUCGGUGCGGCAGGCAGCCGUGGUGAUGUUCAAGCAGCGGACCAAAGACCUCACUCGACUCGCGCAGGUGGAAACGCAGUGUCAGGCCAUUGAAGCAGAACUGCGCCACGCCCAGAUGUGCGUGACAAAACUUGCGUCACAACACGCGACACUCGAUGCCCUUGUAGAGGAGGAGCAGCAGCGCACUCGCCAGCGAGAGAGUCAACUACAGGAGCUACACAGUGCUCUUCUACAGCUGGACGAAGAACACCAGACGAACGGUAAGCUGCAGCGGUCCGCAGAGGCCGCGAUCGGUGCAGCGACUGCGUUCAUUCGGAGGUUUACCAACGCGGACGGGCGCCUCUUCCAGCUGCUCGCCAAAGCAAAUGUGCAGACCGCAGGCCGCAGCGCGCGGGAACUACAACGGCUUCUGGCGGAGGCUCAGCAGGGACUCGUGGCCGCAGAGGCGCAUCGUGAAGACCUCAUGUGUUUGCCUUCUUUCUCGCUCACCGCUGGGGCCUCCCCGAGCGGCGAUUUGAGUUCCACAGCGGCACCCUCUUUGACGGCAGUUAUGUCCGCCAAUGUCUCCACUACGGGCGUGUCGCACGCACUGCAGGAGUGGGUGGCCAAGGUGGACUGGGCCCAGCACCGAGAGCUUGCCGACGUUGUGCAAAUUACGCAGCAGCUUGUGGCGUGGCUUUCCACGGAUGGCAGCACUCAAGAGGAAGGACAGAAGGCAGCUGAGGUUGGAGGAGCCUCGUGUGAGUGGAACUUGCCGCGGCUGUCGCUUCCAACAUGUACCGAAGACGCCGUGACGGAGGAGCACUGGUUUGGGUCACCGUCGCUUCUCUCCACGACUUUACAAGCUGCGACUCACAGCUGCAGUUCUGAGAAGGUGGUGGCUGAAGAAGACGGUUCGCAUGGAACCCUUCAGCUUAAAGGGUACCCGGUGGACAUCGAUGGCAACAUGGUUCCGAACGGCGAAGCCGUGCAGCAUGUCGUGCAGCACCACCUACUUGCACCACUCCAGGCGAUACUGACGUACAACGCACAUCUUGUAGCUGUGUGUGCACAGCAGCACCUGCUGCUCCCUGCAGAUGCGCCAUUGCUCGCCGACUCCGUCACCGAAACACAACAGCGGUGGGCAUCCCUCUACGAGGCGUGGCAGCAGUGGCGGGAAGAGGUGCUGAAGACGCAGGUUGCCACCGAAGCUGCCACAGCCGCAGAGACGGAGCUGGACGCGGCCCAGGCAGCACUUCGCGCACUGCAGCAACACUGUGAAGAGCAGUCUCACCACUACGCAUCCCGCGAGGAAGAAGUGGCGAACUUGAAGGAGGCAGAGAUCGGCCACUACACAGCGGCGUGGUCAAAGGGAAUGCGCACGUUGCAAGCGCAGCGCGACUCGUUCUGCGCCGUCUCGGAUGCCAUUUCUUCACUGACAAAAGAAGCGUCAGUGCUGUCUACCGCCUUGCAUGAUGACUCCGAGCAACACGCACACGAGACCCGCGCGCACGAUAUUGCCUUGGCCGAACAGCAAGAGCAACUCGCCGCAACGCGGCAGCGCGUGGCAGCCGCCAAGGAGAGGGUUGCGGAGAUGGAGAAAGAGUGCGCAGAGGCGCAGCGCAUGCAGCAGCUGGUGCGAGAUCAACAUGAGGUGCUGCUGUCGUGCGCCACAAGGUGCUUUCAAUCCUCCUCCGGCGCUACCGGGAACAAUGACGAGGGCACGCAGAUCCGUCAGACCGAAUCCAGAGAUGUCCGUGAGCGUCCGGCUGCUCAGUGUGCAACAAACGUUGCACGGACGCUCCUGCAGUCGGCCACAAAAUUCUCCCCAACGCACGCAGCAUGGACGGAGCGUCUCGUGGAACUGGCAUCGGAGGCAGAUGACGCUGCAGGGGGGGACAACAGCGGCGCUCUUCUCACCUCGUCCGUGUCGCCGUUCUUUGCCAGUCUGAUGGCCCACUGUGGUGACGGUCACGCUGCUCGCAGCGAAUCGGACAACAAACUCGUACUCGAUGCGACGGCAGCUCGGUUGGCUAUGCAGGACGCGGUCGCACGUCUGCGCCUCCCAAGCGACCUCUUCCUCGACGACGACGUUGUCGAUGCGGGGCUUUUGGCUCAAAUGCCGUGCAUUCGCACAUCGAUCCACGCAGAACACGCCAUCCGCGCGAGUGUUGAAGAGCACCGCGUGUUCAUGUGCGACGCGACGGCAGAAAUUUCUCUCCUCCGCAGCGAGCUGGCCACCGUGGAGGAGUGA